CUUUUACAUGCAGAGCCUAUUUGCUGAGGUAAUACUGAAAAGACUUGCAGAAGUUACACUAGCACAUGGAAGAAUAUUUGGAGAUGGAUCUCGUUCCAGCCGCAAGAUAGAAGUACUGAAGCAGCUUCAAGAGAAACCAGAACAUCAAGCGCUGAAGCUGCACUUUGUGGAGGAUAGACUAGCAACCCUGAAGGAUGUUAUUGAAGUACCCGAAUUGGAUGGUUGGAAUUUGUAUCUGGGCGGUUGGGGGUACAAUACACAGAAAGAGAGAGACGAAGCUGCUAAAAUUCCCGGGAUUCAGAUUCUUCAGCUUUCGGACUUCAGUAACAAGCUGAAGUAGCUUAUGCAUAACUUUAUACCACUCAAGUUUACUCUUCAUUUGAGGGAUGCUGUUAUUCAUGUCUAGUGCAAAUUACAGUAUAUUUGUAUCUUUUUUGAAUUUUAGAUUCAGAAUUAUAUUUAUUACAUCUGUUUGAAACUGUUGAAGAGAUAAAUUUCAGUCCAUGUAAAUAAAAGAGUUUCAUUAUUACUGAAGUGUAAAGGUAUGUGCACUAAACGAUUUCAACCCACAAGGGUUGCUCCCAUUUUAGCCAA